AUGCAGUGCGUAGGGGAUAUCAGUGAAGAAGUCUGGCAAGACUGCAUCACCCUCUUCCUACAGACUGGGAUGUGCUAUGAUGCGGUGAUAAUCACCAAUUCCCCACCUUGGUUGUUAGCUUCUUAUCCUGAAGGUAACCUGUUCCAACUGACCCAGGAAGAAAUUCAGAUCUUGCUGGCGAGAGAAGGGAGAGAGAAGUUGUUUCUUCAGGGAAUCACUCUUGCAGGGACCAAAUGCUUGUUGAUUCGGGACAACCUAUACACUGAGGGCAACAACACCAUGGAUCUCCGCACCAAAGGCCAGAGUCGGGGCAGCCAAGCAGUGACAGUAGUUCAGAUCGAGUCUGUAUACCUUGUGGUGAUGGGACAAAAAGGAACAGAAGGAGGGCCUCUCAACCUCAAGGCUUUUGAGAUGGCGGGUUACAUCAAAGAGGCCAUUAAUCAACACAUGGCCCAUUUCUAA